CAACCACAAAAUUUUAGUAAAAUAUCCCUGUAGGACACUAGAAAGGUCUUCCUGAGCCUGUCUUCGAAAUGUCAUCGGUAAAUCAGACUUUCUCCUAAAUGCUGGGGCUCCCUCUGGCCACCCGAGCAUGACCCACGCUGACCUGCCUGCACUGACCGGCUGCAACACCGGCCCAAGGGUUACUUGGCCGCCGCGCGCCCAGACCACCAACCUGUGCUGCCCGGACUAUGUCCCUGCGAAGGCGGAGCGCCAUGGACCGGGCUCAGAUCUCCGCUCUGGUGUUCGGUGUCGGCGGGUUCGGAGCUCUGGUCGCUGCCACCGCGUCCAACGAGUGGAAGGUAACCACUCGAGCAUCGUCCGUGAUAACCGCCACUUGGGUUUACCAGGGUCUGUGGAUGAACUGCGCGGGCAACGCGCUGGGCUCCUUCCACUGCCGGCCGCACUUCACCAUCUUCAAAGUAGAAGGUUACAUCCAGGCGUGCCGAGGACUGAUGAUCGCCGCCGUCAGCCUGGGCUUCUUCGGUUCCAUCAUUGCGCUGUUUGGGAUGAAGUGCACCAAAGUCGGAGGCUCGGAGAAAGCCAAAGCUAAGAUCGCAUGUUUGGCUGGGAUUGUGUUCGUCCUGUCAGGGCUGUGCUCAAUGACCGGCUGUUCUCUGUACGCAAACAAAAUCACGACGGAAUUCUUCGAUCCUCUCUAUAUCGAUCAGAAGUAUGAAUUAGGAGCCGCUCUGUUCAUUGGAUGGUCGGGAGCCUCACUCUGCAUAAUUGGUGGUGUCAUAUUUUGCUUUUCAAUAUAUGAGAGCAACAAAACACCCAGGAUGGGAUACGCGUACAAUGGGCCCACGUCGGUCGUGUCUUCACGGACCAAGCAUCACGGGGGAGGAGAGGGUAAAACCUCCAACCCUUCCAAACAGUUUGACAAGAACGCAUAUGUCUGAUGACUCGAGCGCCGCGACAGCCUGUCUGGAGUUUGUUACAAAGGUGGACCGGUCCCAGAGCGAGAUCCCGUCAGGGCCCUCCUAGAAUCAACACUCAAACUAUUUUUAAAACACGAAUUUGCAGAGUUUGUUGAUUGUGUGGAUGUAAAUGUUCUGACAUAGUUAUAUACUAAUCAUUUUCUGUUGUGGCUUUCUAUAAAAAAAAUAAAGAGGUUAUUUCCAGGA